AUGGCUUCUCAGGAUGAUGCUGCCCCGUUGGUCUGGAUCGACUGUGAGAUGACUGGUCUGGACCCGGACAAGGAGGAGAUCAUCGAGAUCUUUUGCCUCAUCACCAACGGCAAUUUGGACCUCCUCGACGCAGAAGGAUGGGGCACCGUGGUUCACCAGCCCAGGGCCCGCAUGGACCAGAUGGACGAGUGGUGCACUCGAACCCACGGCGAGAGCGGCCUCACGGCGGCCGUCAUCACCUCCGAGGUGACACCGGAGCAGGCUGCCGACGAGCUCUUGUCCUAUAUCAAGAAGUACGUUCCGGACCGCCGCGUUGCGCUGCUCGCUGGCAACUCGGUCCACGCCGACAGGACGUUUCUCGCAAAAGGACCGUAUCGCAGGGUCGUCGAGCACCUGCACUACCGCAUCCUGGACGUGAGCUCCAUCAAGGAGGCAGCAAGGCGGUGGUGUCCUCAGGUCGCCGCGAGGGUGCCACAGAAGAAGACGCUGCACAAGGCGAGGGAUGACAUCCUGGAGAGCAUCGAGGAGGCGAGGUACUACAAGGAGGCCAUCUUCCAGGCCAGUGCGCGUGGACAGGACGGCGCAUGA